UAUAUAACCUGUGGCAAUGGUCUGUGUAAACUGUUUGAGCAGAUAAACAAUUGAAAAUAAUCAGUCAACUUCAAGGUGACGUGCGCGUGCGUCGGAUUGCUUGUUGUACCUGUUGAAAAAAAGGGGAAAACAAUGGUUAAUUUAGUCGAAGAACUGUUUAACGAGAACGAUGUAAGGAAAUUUACCUGGUCGACGAAGACUGGCUUCUCCGUUUCAGUCAUAUCCUAUGGAGCUAUCAUUCAAGCCAUCAAGGUCCCUGAUAGAAACGGUGAUAUAGAAGAUGUAGUCUUGGGUUUUGAUGACCUAGAAAGCUAUGUCAACCGUAAUACACCUUACCUUGGGGCGACGGUAGGAAGAUGUGCAAACAGAAUUGGGGAAGCCAGUUUUAAUAUAGACGGAGUUGAAUACAAACUUGCCAAGAACGUUGGGCAGGAUCACUUACACGGCGGAAUUGUUGGCUUUAAUAAGGCAAAUUGGAAUUACAUUAGAGAUGGCAAUAAAGUUAUUUUCAGUCAUUUAUCUAAAGACGGCGACGAGGGUUACCCUGGGGAUUUGUUAGCGAAUGUCAUUUACGAGGUCAAGGAUGACGAUACACUUUACGUAGAAUUUCUGGCGACCGCUACCAAGAGAACCGUUGUUAAUCUGACCAACCAUUCGUAUUUCAAUUUGGCGGGACACGAUAGUGGUGCGGAGGAAUUGUACAACCAUGUCAUCAUGAUUAAUGCUGAUAAAAUAACAGAGACAACAUCAGAAUCUAUUCCUACGGGUAACUUUAUCAAGGUUGGUGGAACGGCUUACGACCUGCGUGCCCCUAAACGACUUGGGGAUGCGAUGACGUCUACUGGAUAUGGAUUCGAUGAUAACUUCUGCGUAAACAUGUACGAUAAGGAUUUGACGUUCGUGUCCCGGGUUAGUCACCCCUCAUCAGGCAGAUACCUGGAAGUAUAUAGCGACCAGCCGGGAGUUCAGCUGUACACGAGCAAUUUUCUCCCAUCUCCUUACGAAGAGGCUCUUGUUGGAAAGAAAGGUGUUGGAUAUCGAAGGCAUGGUGCCUUCUGCCUGGAGACGCAGAAGUUCCCAGAUGCUGUACAUCAUGACAAUUUCCCAAGCGCCAUACUCACUCCCGGGGAUGUUUACGUACAUAAAGUGAAUUACAGAUUCGGUGUCAAUGAUGGCGACGCACCGCACGUUGUCCUAAACUAGGUUUCCUUAAUAAAUACAAAUCCUGACAAAGACGUAUUAUAUUCAUAUAAAUUUAUACUUUUAUGAUGUAUAAUUUUUUUGUAAGAUUUUUAUUAUAUUUUUAUAUAUAUAUCGCUAUAAAUUUAUGAAUGGAUAAAAGAGGAACGGCCA